AUAAAUUUGAGCAGUUUUGGGCAAUAAAUCGAAAACUCAUGGAGUAUCCUCCAGAAGAUAAUGGAUUUCGAUACAUCCCAUUUAGAAUUUAUCAGGCAACAACAGAGAGACCUUUUAUACAGAAGCUAUUUCGACCAAUUGCUUCAGGAGGACAGUUGCAUACUUUGGGAGACCUGCUAAAAGAUGUGUGUCCUAGUGCUAUCACCCCUGAAGAUGGAGAGCAGAAGACUCAAGUGAUGAUUCAUGGAAUUGAGCCAAUGCUGGAAACACCCAUUCAGUGGCUAAGUGAACAUAUGAGCUAUCCAGAUAAUUUUCUCCACAUUAGUAUCAUUCCCCGACCUACUGAUUGAAACUCAGCUAUAUUCGUAUGAGGAUCAUUCUCAAGCUGGAAUUAUAAGGGCAUGUCAACUUCCUGCUUCUGUCAGUCUUGACAGAGGCAGUCUGACCAGAAAAAAAGAAAUCAACAAAAAGCCGAAACAAAACAAGAAGUCCUCACUGCUGUAAGCCAAACAGGAAGAGAGAUCCUAUCAUCAGAUAAGGGCAAUUGGGUUGAUCUUAUUUUGCAUCACUGCUGUGUUUGUUCACCGCUGUAAUUAAAUCAGUUGCAAUAUGAAAGAAUUUACAGGACUUCUGCAAGUCUGCUGUUUUCUUGUAAAAUAUAAUGAAGCUGAAACUGUCAGCCGAAGAGCAAAUGGAAAUAUGCCACUUGAUUGUAUUUCUGAUUAACAAAUAAACAGGGCUGUUUCCUAAAGAGGUAGUGUUUCAGCUUUGAGGGUGGAAACAUUGGUUUAAUUUUCUAGAAAGUUAGGCACUGAGAGAUUUGGUUACCAAUAGCUUUUUGUAAAAGAUCAAAUUACUGUAAAUCCAUCUUUCCUUAAUGAGAAGUUCAUGUUUACAGUAUAUGUAUUGGUAUGCAAAUGAUCUUUUAACUUUGAUAACAAGCAGUGAGAGAUUUUAAAGUAAGCCCGUGAGCAUGUUUUGUCAGUUAAAAACAUGCACAACUUAAUAAUUACAAAUACUUUUGAUUUGUAUGCUGUCACUGAAUACUCCAAUGUGUUUAUUAUUCAAACCAGUUUUCAUAGACUAGCARCGAUGUAAGAUAAUUUGUCUCAGGAUUCAUCAUGGCAUUUCUUUGUGCUCAUCUAAUUUUUUUCUCUAAGAAUAUAUUUUCUUAAUUUACUUUUUAAAGUUUUUUUUUUUUUUUAAAGCAACAUGGAUGUUGCAAGUGGGAUUGUAUCCUGCUGUUUAUUCCCAUAGACUAGGAAACAGUUAAAUCAUAGAAUGAUGAACAGAUUGUUUUUUAAUGAUUUUGAAUUUUGGAAAGCUGAGGCUUUUCCAAGCUAAYACUUUCUUCAUCUGUGUUCCCUGAGCAAUCAGUCCAAAAUUUGGAAGCUUCUAAUCUCAUUGCACAGAUUUUUCCUUAGUGUAGCAGAUGUAUUUUUAGCAAUGAUUUUUUCAUCAUUUUGGUUUCUAAAUGUUUGUUACCAUUGCAGAUGCUACUGGAACUAUACCAUUUUUUUUUGUGUUACACCAAAUUCAUCAAACUGUGCUCUAUUACUUUGUCUCCAGUUCGUGGCUGUUUGUGGCACAAAACUAUGUUUAUAGUAGACAUAUUAUCCAAUAUGUCAGUAUUAUCCAAUAUAAAGAAAGCAUGACAUUUUUCUUCAUAAAUAGUGGCUGUCAAAGUUUCUUUUCACAGUCUUGGCUUGUAAAUGUCCUGGUAACUCCCAGUGCUGUUCCCAUUCGUUUCCAUGCUCCCUUUAUGGUAGGAUACCUACCUGUAUCUGAAAAAGAAGAAAAUGAAAAUCAAUCAUAUGAACAAAAACCUCUUUCUGAAGCAAGAGGAGAAGGAUCUCCAUGGGUGAGGAUAGGGUUGAGGCUAAGAAGAGSCCCGAGGGCAGCAAAAGUCGGUAGACAGAUUAGAUACUGUUUUAAAUGUCAGUGAGGAAAUAGCAUUAAGGAAAUGGAAGGGUAAAGGUACUAAUGAAACAAACCUAUGCUGUAUUCUGCAGGAGAUGAAGAAUUUUUAAAACAAAACAAACCAUGCUUUUCUGUGUUUAUGCAGAAUUGAAAUACAAUAUUCUUAUGGUGAAAUGAUUUCGUUGAGUUAUUCUAAUUUCCAGUUCUGUUUGGAAUUUUGUUACUGUGUUGGAUUGGCGUUUAUAAACUUUCUUAGGCACACGUAUCUAAAUAUUUUGGAGAAUUUCAAAGUCCUGCCAACGGAUAAAGCAAAUAUUUUGUAGAGUCUUCAUAUUUAAAAAAAAAUCUUUUAUAGGGAUAAUUUUUCCAUUAAUCAGGAAAAGAGGCAAUACGUUUAAAAAGCUGUAGAGGUUGUGUUUCCUUUGUUUUUAAGGUAAUCUAGAGUGAAUCACUUGCUAUUUUAAUAUAUUCUACACCAGCAUUUAAAGUAUACAGCCCUUCUCAUGGCCCGUAUUUGCCAGUAAAUUCGACUUUAAGGCCUAGCAUGUAAGAAAGAAAUAGCUUGGCUUUAAAACAUACUCUUUCCUCUUCCUUUAACUAUUUAAACUUUAUUAAAAAAUAAAACAAAGUUUGAGUCUGUCUUUAUUUCCAGCUAAAUAAGGAUCUUUKUCAAGGAAUGACAAGACUAUUUAAUUAAUAAGUAGAAACUUCUUAAAAGAUAAGAGUUUCUUAGAAUGUGAGCACAUAUACAAUGGGUUCUGAAUUAAAGCAGGUAGGUAUCUAUUCUGUGUUAAAAUACCUUGUUUUGAGAUAGGCAUGGUGUCAUUUCAAAAUGKCACACUAAACCUGAGUAAUAUCUCUUGGGAGAGAGGUAAAAACACAUUCAGAACCAGAUUUCAGAUUUCUGUACUUUCAAGUUGCACUAUCAAAUUGGGUUGUGGAAGAUGCCUUUAAAAUGUUUUCUCUCUUUCCCUUGUCUUUCAUGUUGCUAUGAUUCAAGUAAUUAAGUUCUUUUAACUGUGAAAUGAAACACCAGUUUCUCUGAACAAUAGAUGGAAGAACACAAAGGAAUAUGCAGACAGCUGCAUGAAAAGUUUAGUGUAUGUCAAGAGUUUUAUAUGUAUAAAAUAACUAGCAUUGUGUGGAGUUGAAAUGUGUGGUUUUAGUAGUAUAUAUAUAUGUAAAAAACACUUACGAUGGAAAGAGAGGCAAACACUGUUAGGGUUGGAGUGUCUUGACUACAAGUGAAACUGCCAAAAUGUGUCCAGUUUUAAUAUAGCACCUUCCACUGAAGAUGUUUAAAGCUAUAAUCCUUGCAUCAUCUCACUAAUCUAGGUCAACAGAUACAAUAGAACAAGUAUCUUGGGGAAAUAAAUCUGUGAUCUAACUACUAAUUUCAUUAUAUCCUCAGUUCUCACCAUGACUAAGUAUGAUGUGGGAAGGUAAAGCAAUGUAGUUUGUUUGCAUCUGUUGGAAUUUGGAGAAUUGCUUGCUGGACUUUAGUCAAGUGUAUUCUGCUAGUUCACAGGCACCUCUUAGAAACCUCCAGAAGCUUGGUUCUUUUGCAAAGAAAAUCAAGCUGUAGUGGGGGGAAAGAGAAUCAAUGGCGCUGUUCAUUAAACCUGUCCCUUCACUGGCUGCCUGACAGUGAAAGACAUAUGGAGAGAAUGCUUGAGUGAGAGCUGGUGAUCUCUUGUUUUGUACAAAUAUGUAUAUGAUUUCUCCUUGUGUAUAUUGUUGCUUAGUGUCUCAGCUGACAUAAAAAGACAACUUGUUAUUCUUUCAGCUAGACAGAGGCACUCAAGUGUUUUUAUUACUAGAGAAUUAAAGAUCAGAAUGGAAACUAUCUAGCUGAAACUUGCACCUUACAUGCUUUUCUGACUAUAAUUAAAAUAAUCUGCACUUCAGAGGUUUGAUUUCCAUCAGUUGUAUGUAUACACACCCUCACUGGAUUUUUUCCAUGUCUCAAAAUUAGCCAGAUAGGCUGGUUUUCCUUCAUUUUAAGCUUUAUCCGAGUCUCCAGGAGGAGGAGAUCAAGACAUGGGGGUGACCCCAAAGCCCUGAAGUCCUGGUGUGACCAAGAAGUCAUACGGCUUCACUGUUCCACKGCAACCAUUUUAUAUGAAUCCUGGCCCUUGCAGAUUCAUCUUUAAUUURCAGCUUCUCUUUAUUUAGCUGAUCCUUGGCCUCAGCUGAGUGGUGAUGAGGCUGUGCCUGCUCCUGGCUCCACAGUUCCCAUCUCACCCUUGCAGGAUUGCCAUCGACACUCUGCUUGUGACUAAAACCCCCAUCUCUGGAGCCCUCGCUGACACUUCUYGCACAGCUCCUCCUUCACCAUCAGAGGUAUGAGUUCAUUUCUGUUGGCUCUUACCACAAACUGGGUGGCCCUGUAGGAAAGCAGUGAGAGAAGGGUGCAGAGGAGGAGAGGGAAACGAGAGGAAUUAAAAAACAGUGAAGGUGGGGCUUGAGAGAAAAUACUUUGUGGGGAGUGAAAUGACAGAGCCGGAUUCUUGAUCUCACCCAGGUUUCUCAAUCACUCAUCACCCUACAGCUCCCACCACAUGCUUUCCUUUCCAUCCUUUCCAUGAGUACAGUGCAAUGGCUUUCAUCUGUGGGGCAAAGUGUCUGGCACCUCUGGUGUCACCUGGAGUGAGCAGUGCACUGAGUGUGUAUUUAAAUUUAACUUUGAUGGUUUAGCACAUUGCUGAAGGAGGCCUUUAUUUACAAGAAUUKUUCAGAGCUUCCUCCUCUGCAGGAGAUCCUGGGCUUCCUUCGUGUGAGGAGUCAGAAUGGGGAGGUCCCAUUGCASAAAACAUCUUGGGCAGGCACCACAGGUUACUGUUCCAGUACACUGUAUCCUGGAAAACUG